AUGGAGAAACCUAGAGCCCUAGAAACACAAUUUAUUUGUAUAAAUUGUCUUAAUCCAUCGUCGUCACUUUAUACAGAAUAUAGUCGAGAUGUUAUUCGAAUGACUGAAUGUAUUUUGCAAUACAAAUCUGCUUAUCGUCACGUAUUAAUUAAUCUUAAUUUUAAAUCAUUUUUUCGAAUUAUUUUCAUUUUUCUCCUUUGUGACGCCUAUGAAGAUUGGAUAGAAAGGAAAUCAUUAGCGGAUCCUGUAAGGAUUUUUUAUGAUUUGGAAUGGACUUUUUAUGAAUGUCUUUUAAAAAGUUUAGUUGAAUUUUUGGUUUAUUCAAUUUCUAUUUAUUUAUUAAUUAAUUUAUUAAUUCAAAUAAAACAAAUAAAGCCUAAAAUCAAGAAAUUUCUUCUCAAAACAAACAAAAAUUAUUUUGUUUUUUCUUUUGAAUGUGCUUUAAUUAGUUUUUACGGAAAUUUAUUUAUUGUUUUUUCAAUUAUUUGGAAAUUAAAUGGACAAUAUUUUCAUAAACUGCUUACACAAUCUUUUUUAUUUAUUUCACAUUUACAAAUUCAAAAAGCCCUUUAUCCUGAAUUUGGUUUUUGGAAUAUUUUAGCAAUUUUAAUUAGUAUUUUAUUUCAAUUUGUAGCAGGAUAUUUUACACAAAAAUAUAUCAAAAUGUUUACAAACACGUUUUAUUAA